AUGGCAAAGCUCACCACAUACAACAUCGCAAUCUGCAUCACGGUCUGCACAGGCGGCUUCAGCUAUGGCAUGGCCGCAGGCAGCCUUCCCACCAGCCUGGGUCAGCCGGGCUUCUACAGCUACUACGGUCUCGAUCCAACCACCUCACACACUGCCAACAUCAUCAGUGCCCUUAGUGCUCUCUUCUUCUUCGGAUGUGCCGUCGGAUCCCUAGCGCAGUCAUGGUUCGCCGACUGGCUUGGACGCAGAAAGACCAUAGGCAUAGCCGGCGUUGGUGUGGGCAUGCUGUUGGCCUUGGUACCUCUGUACCUGACAGAGGUAGCACCCCCCAGAACACGAGGCUUUUUGACCGGUCUCACCACACUUUCCUUCGGCAUGGGCUACGUGAUAUGCUCAUGGGCCUCCCUUGGCUGCUAUCACUUCAAGAAUCAGACUCUCGCCUGGCGACUGCCGCUGGCCCUCGGUGUCAUUGGCCCCAUUCUUGUCCUCACCGGAGUAUGGUUCAUUCCCGAAUCUCCACGCUUCUUGAUCUGGAAAGGUCAACGUGAACAAGCAUGGAUGAUUUUGAAGAGACUGCACCAUGACCCACGAGUCGCAUCCGAAGCAGACGCCGAAGCCGAGUUCACACAAAUCGUACGACAGGUUGAGGCCGACAAAGAAGACGAACCCACCUUCUACAAGAUGUUCACCAAGCCCACCUGGAGACGUCGGGCCAUCCUGGUCAUCUUUCUGUUAUUCGCUGGGCAAGCUACUGGAGUUUACGGCAUCGCCAAUUUCUUGCCUUUGAUUCUUGGCAGCCUGGGAAUGACCGGCGAUAUGCCCCUGAUCUUGAACGCUUCCCAGGUCACGACGGGGACUGUGUCUGUGCUGGCUAGCAUAAUCCUGGUCGAUAAAGUCGGUCGUCGAAAGUUGUUCUUGAUCGGCUUUGCAGCCAUUGCAGGCGUUCUGCUAUCUGAAGCAUUGCUUCAAUGGAAGUACCUUGGGACCGACGACAAGCCCGGAAACGCCGCAUGUGUCUUCUUCAUUUUCCUAUUCAUUGUUAUCUUCCAGUGCGUCGACGCUCCGGCACUCGUGUGGGCGUCCGAGAUAUUCCCUACCAAUUUGCGGGCCAAAGGAGUCAGUCUGGCCGUCUUCACCUUCUUCGCUGGCGCCAUCACUUUCUCAACACCUGCUCCACUGGCCUUCCAGAACAUCAAAUGGCGCAUGUUCCUCAUAUAUGCUGCACUGAUGGUCAUCGCGGAAGUCAUCACCUAUAUGUACAUCCCUGAGACGAAGGGACUGCCUAUGGAAGAGAUAGGAGCCUUAUUCGGCGAUGAAGUCGUCGUUCACUUGACAGCGGACGGCCAAGGCAUUGUCGAGGACAAGCAGGUGACGGAUCACAUUGAAGAUAACGGGUUUGUGCAAACUGAUGAAAAGCAGGUGCACCACGAAGAGAGAGCCGGCGGCGAGUCACGAAACUGGGCUCCAAUUGUCUGA